AUGGAAUUUUCUCAGAGUAGCAUACACGCUACCUCAAUCGUAUCGAUGGCGUUCAACUAUGCUCUAGUUUGGGAUAUAACCCAUCCGGGAACAGCGCAUCAACUAACACAAGAACUGUGUAAAUCUUCAACUAUUUCUCUCAAUGAGUGUGCUAAUGAGCUAUGUCUUCGCGAUAUACGGUCAAAGUGUUAUUUGGUCUCGAUCAAAAGCAACGGAAACCGGUGUGACAAGUACAUGCAGCGUCAAUUCUCCCGAGUAUACCUUAACGUGAAAUCUGUGACAAACUAUUUCAAGUCUCCGAAUAGAACAUGGUCAGGGGCUCAGCUGGUGAAAGUUUUAGGGCGGGAUUGCUUGAUCUUCUAUUUGUGGAACGCCCUUGCUUCCGUGACACAGACUGCGGCCCGAGCUAACUGGCCAGCAAACUACAAUCAAAUUGGCGCGACAUGGAUGUUUGCAGUCCAGCCCAUGAUCAUAAAUCACCUGGUCAUCCACAUGAAUGUGCAGCUUACGCGCGGGGGACUCUCGUGGAACGAGGAUUAGUAGGCUCUGUCCCCUGUCACGAAACCUUAGUGACUACUCUCCGGGACCGCUGCGUCAUGUUCAGUGUAUAUAGUGAUUAGU